AUGGCGGCUCUCAAGGCUCAGAUCCCUUACCCGUCGCCCAAGGACCCUCCCAACUGUGUGGCCUCCCCUGCCCCUAAAAGCUUUUCCAGCGUGACUGCGCUGCCGUCAGAGCCAGGUGGGGUGGUGGCACGGGCCCUGGUUGCAAUGGCCCGCUUCCGUGGCCUCUUGGGUGCCUGCAUCCGUUCCCUGCCUGUGGAUGUUGGUGGAGGUCGCCUGGUGGGUGCUCUGGACGCAGUGCUGGAUUCCAAUGCACGGGUCGCUCCGUUCCGAAUUCUACUUCAAGUUCCCGGGUCCCAGGUUUAUUCUCCCAUCGCAUGUGGUGAGUUACUGAACGGACCAGACGUUUACUGGGCCAUAGCUACUGGUGCGACGUUGGAGGAAAUCAACCAGCACUGGGACUGGCUGGAACAAAACCUCCUCCACACUCUGUCUGUCUUUGAUAAUAAAGAUGACAUUGCCAGUUUUGUCAAAGGGAAGGUAAAGGCUCUGAUCGCAGAGGAGACCAGCAGCAGGCUGGCGGAGCAGGAGGAGGAGCCCGAGAAGUUCCGAGAAGCCCUGGUGAAGUUCGAGGCCAGGUUCAGCUUCCCCGAGGCCGAGAAGCUGGUCACCUACUACUCCUGCUGCUGCUGGAAGGGCAGGGUGCCCCGCCAGGGCUGGCUGUACCUCAGCAUCAAUCACCUCUGCUUCUAUUCCUUCUUCCUGGGCAAAGAGCUUAAACUUGUCAUCCCAUGGGUUGAUAUCCAGAAACUGGAAAGAACGUCCAACGUCUUCCUGACGGAGACCAUUCGGAUCACCACGCAGAGUAAGGAACGCGACUUCUCCACCUUCCUCAACCUGGACGAGGUGUUCAAGAUCAUGGAGCAGCUGGCAGAUGUGACACUGCGGCGGCUGCUGGAUAACGAGGUCUUUGACCUGGACCCAGAUCUGCAGGAGCCGAGCCAGAUCACCAAGCGGGACCUCGAAGCCAGAGCACAGAAUGAGUUUUUCCGGGCCUUCUUCCGCUUGCCGAGGAAGGAGAAGCUGCACGCAGUCCUGGAUUGCUCCCUCUGGACGCCAUUCAGCCGCUGUCACACUGCAGGGCGGCUGUUUACCUCUGACAGCUAUAUCUGCUUUGCCAGCAGAGAAGACGGCUGCUGUAAUGUCAUCCUUCCACUCAGAGAGGUGGUGAGCAUUGAGAAGAUGGAGGACACGAGCCUGCUGCCAAACCCCAUCAUCGUCAGCAUCAGGAGCAAGAUGGCCUUCCAGUUCAUCGAGCUCAAGGACAGGGACGGCUUGGUGGAGAGUCUGCUCAUGCGGCUGAAGCAGGUCCACGCCAACCAGCCCGUGCAUUAUGACUCCUCCCCAAAGGACGACAUGGUGUCACCUGUGUUUCCUUCCACAAGCAUGUGCAGCGACCACAAGUUUGGGGACCUUGACAUGGUGUCUUCUCAAAAUAGCGAGGAAAGUGGGAAAGAGAAGCGCCGGCAGCUGCCCCCCGAGGCCCUGAUGGUGGCCUUCCAGCAGGCGGGUGGCCAGAGCCCUGACUCCCGCAUGUCCAGAGAACAGAUAAAAAUAAGUCUGUGGAAUGACCACUUCGUGGAAUAUGGCAAGACCGUCUGUAUGUUUCGCACAGAGAAGAUCCGGAAGCUCGUAGCCAUGGGGAUCCCGGAAUCUUUACGUGGGAGACUCUGGCUCCUUUUCUCAGGCGCAGUGACAGAUCUCGCCUUGCACCCCGGCUACUACGGGAACCUGGUGGAGGAGUCCCUGGGGAAGUGCUGCCUGGUGACAGAGGAGAUAGAGCGGGACCUGCACCGCUCCCUGCCGGAGCACCCCGCCUUUCAGAGCGAGACGGGCAUCGCUGCCCUGAGGAGGGUCCUGACCGCCUAUGCCCACCGCAACCCCAAGAUUGGAUACUGCCAGUCCAUGAAUAUCCUGACCUCUGUGCUGCUGCUGUAUGCCAAAGAGGAGGAGGCCUUCUGGUUGCUGGUGGCAGUGUGUGAGCGGAUGCUGCCUGAUUACUUCAACCACCGGGUGAUCGGGGCUCAAGUGGACCAGUCUGUCUUUGAAGAGCUCAUCAAGGAGCACCUCCCAGAAUUGGCAGAGCACAUGAAUGACCUCUCAGCCCUGGCUUCCAUUUCUCUCUCCUGGUUCCUGACUCUCUUCCUUAGCAUCAUGCCUCUGGAGAGUGCAGUGAAUGUUGUAGAUUGUUUCUUCUAUGAUGGGAUCAAAGCCAUCUUCCAGCUGGGGCUGGCUGUGCUUGAAGCCAAUGCUGAGGAGCUGUGCAGCAGCAAGGACGAUGGCCAGGCCCUGAUGAUCCUGAGCAGGUUUCUAGAUCACAUUAAGAAUGAGGAGAGCCCAGGCCCCCCCAUGGGCAGUCACCAUGCCUUUUUCUCAGAUGACCAGGAACCCUACCCUGUGACUGACAUUGCUGACCUGAUCCGGGACUCCUAUGAGAAAUUCGGAGACCAGUCUGUGGAGCAGAUUGAGCAUCUACGCUGUAAGCACAGGAUCCGGGUGCUGCAGGGCCACGAGGACACCACAAAGCAGAAUGUGCUCCGUGUUGUUAUCCCAGAAGUCUCAAUUCUUCCUGAAGACCUGGAGGAACUCUAUGACUUAUUUAAGAGAGAGCACAUGAUGAGCUGCUACUGGGAGCAGCCCAGGCCCAUGGCCCCACGCCAUGACCCCAGCAGGCCCUACGCCGAGCAGUACCGCAUAGACGCCCUGCAGUUUGCACACCUGUUUCAGCUGGUCUCGCCGUGGACCUGCGGGGCCCACACAGAGAUCCUCGCUGAAAGGACAUUCCGGCUCCUGGAUGACAACAUGGACCAGCUUGUGGAGUUCAGAGCAUUCGUGAGCUGUCUGGAUGUUAUGUAUAAUGGAGAAAUGAAUGAGAAAAUCAAGCUGUUGUAUAGGCUUCACAUCCCUCCAGCACUCACUGAAAAUGACCGAGACAGCCAGUCACCAUUAAAGAACCCUCUGUUGUCGACGUCAAGACCCCUUGUUUUGGGGAAGUCCAAUGGUGAUGCAGUUGAUUAUCAGAAACAGCUGAAGCAGAUGAUUAAGGAUUUAGCCAAAGAAAAAGAUAAAACUGAGAAAGAGUUGCCCAAAAUGAGCCAGAGAGAAUUUAUCCAGUUUUGUAAGACUCUGUACAGUAUGUUCCAUGAGGACCCAGAAGAAAAUGACUUGUAUCAGGCCAUUGCCACAGUAACCACUCUACUGCUGCAGAUCGGGGAGGUGGGGCAGCGCAGCAGCAGCUCAGGAAGCUGCUCCCAGGAGUGCACAGAGGAGCUGCAGGCUUCAGCUCCUUCUCCUGAGCAGGACUCCGUCUUUGCAGACACUGGCAAGACUCCCCAGGAUCCCCCGGCAUUUCCUGUGGCAGAAGGGGACUGGACUGUCUCUCUUGAACAUAUUUUAGCGUCACUUCUGACUGAACAAUCACUAGUAAAUUUUUUUGAAAAACCACUAGAAAUCAAAUCCAAACUUGAAAAUGCCAAGAGUAAUCAAUACAGUCUCAAAACGUUUGAAAUGAGCCGCCAAUCACAGCCUGAGUUCAAGUUGAGUAACCUUUAGCAAAAGAGCAGUUCACUGUGUGUGCUGUACACUGGAAUCUGCAAUACCAAAGCCCAGACCGGACUGCUCCUUGGGUUGUCCAGUCCAUAAACCCAGACUUCAAUUCACUGGGUACAUCUCAUGAGCUGGGUAUCUAGACAAACAACCAGAGAGAGAACUGAUGCAACCCCCACGCAUUUCUAUUUAUUCUGUAAGAGAACGGUCAGUGGUUAGUGCUGCAGGGUAUCAGUACCUGGAUGCUGUGAAUUCGUUUCACUUCUGUCAGAUGUGCUCAAAGGGGAUGCUUCUGCUGUGGACCUAGCAAGGUUUUGUUCUCAGUUGGAACAGAAGCAUCAGAUCUGUCACAUGACUAAGAGACAGGCCCCAAUUUUUGCUUGAGAUAAUGGGAGGUCAAGAAUCAAACUUCAGUUUCAAGAUCUAAGAGCGACUAUCUGUGCAAUUAUAUUUGGCUUUUUUUUGCACUAAUUUUUGUUUCAAUGCUGGUAAUUGAAACCAUUUUAAUAUAUCUGGUUGUAUUCACUUUGUAUGUCCUCCCAAAAUGUUGUGUACAAACCAUGCUUUCAAUGUUGGCCACCAAGUUUUUUAAUAAAUCUUUUUGUAUUGA